AUGACACAGUUGCUUCUGCUCACUGUGGCUCUCCUGGUCCUGGCUCAUGUGCCACCAGGGAGAAGUGAAUUCAAACGGUGUUGGAAGGGCCAAGGAAUCUGCCGAACUUACUGCACAAGGCAAGAAUCCUAUAUGCACCUGUGCCCAGAUGCUUCCUUGUGCUGUCUCUCCUAUGUUUUCAAGCCUCCACGAGCCCCCAAGAAUGAGUAUGAUUAGCUGGUUCUAGGGCUGGCACACUUGCUGUUCAAUAAAACA